UCAAAUUAUACGCCAUUCAUACGACUAUGAAAGCCAUGGAUCUUAACGGAUUUUACCAAACUUUAAUUUCGUUCCUGAUAUGGAGUGCAUUUUCCAAUUUUCCUGAAGUAUUUGCAGUACGUGUUGCCAACUCACAGCAAAAUCAACCUAAGAAAGAAAAUCAACCAGAUCUUACACCAAUGGGGUCCUUCUGGCAGCAACAUGUGGCCACUCCUAGUAGUUCAACUCCAUUUGAUUCACCUUUUUUUUCGGCAACACACGGCCUUGUGCAGACUCACCCGUCUAUAGGUGGAGGCCACUCUGGGCCCGCUCCAUUAAAUAGCAAUAGCCUUGGGACUGGAGCUGGUACUAAGCCAGCCCUAACCGCUGGAAGCGGGUACCUGAACUCACGCGGGAGUCUACCGACCUCUGCACGUUAUCCAGCUAAUAAGAUCACAGGAACCGUCGUCGAACCCAACCCAAAAUCUCCAUUUCGCCACUUAGAUUUCUCUACUAGUGCAACUGCUGAGUUGCGGCGAAAUCCUGCGCUAUCUGCUCCUGAUGAAUGUGCACGCGCUUGUCGCGAAGGCGAGCCUCCGAGAAUUUGCUACUAUCAUUUUACGUUGGAAUACUACACAGUAUUAGGAGCUGCGUGCCAAGUUUGUACUCCAAACGCAACGAAUACGGUUUGGAGCCACUGUCAGUGUGUCUUAGCUGAUGGAGUUGAACGUGGAAUUCUAACUGCGAAUCGGAUGAUACCCGGGCCAAGCAUUCAAGUGUGUGAAAACGACAAAGUCGUUAUUGAUGUGGAGAACCAUAUGGAGGGAAUGGAAGUAACUAUACACUGGCACGGUAUAUGGCAACGUGGAUCGCAGUAUUAUGAUGGGGUGCCCUUCGUCACUCAGUGCCCCAUUCAGCAGGGUAAUACCUUCCGUUAUCAGUGGACAGGAAACGCCGGAACACAUUUUUGGCAUGCUCAUACCGGUCUACAGAAACUAGAUGGACUCUACGGCAGCGUCGUGGUUCGGCAGCCACCAUCAAGGGACCCUAACUCCCAUUUAUAUGAUUUUGAUUUAACAACACAUAUAAUGCUUAUCAGUGAUUGGUUGCAUGAAGAUGCGGCAGAGCGCUAUCCUGGACGUUUGGCUGUUAACACAGGCCAAGAUCCGGAGUCUAUGUUGAUUAACGGAAAAGGCCAGUUUCGCGACCCAAACACUGGAUUUAUGACUAAUACUCCAUUAGAAAUAUUCACAAUUACGCCAGGACGUCGUUACCGCUUUCGAAUGAUAAAUGCAUUUGCUUCAGUCUGUCCAGCACAGGUAACGAUUGAGGGUCACGGCAUGACGGUUAUAGCCACCGAUGGUGAGCCUGUGCAUCCUGUUGAUGUAAAUACAAUCAUUUCCUUUUCAGGUGAGCGCUACGAUUUUGUUAUAAGCGCCGAUCAACCUGUUGGAGCUUAUUGGAUACAAUUACGUGGACUUGGUGAGUGUGGUAUUCGUAGAGCUCAACAACUGGCUAUCCUGCGUUACGCUCGUGGACCUUAUCAGCCAGCAUCUUCGCCGCCAACGUACGAUGUUGGAAUACCGCAAGGAGUCAUUCUCAACCCUCUGGAUGCAAUUUGUGACCGUAAGCGGCCCGAUGCGGUUUGCGUUUCGAAUUUAAAAAAUGCUAAAAAGGUCGACAAAGGCGUUUUGGUUGAACGCCCUGAUGUGAAAAUCUUCUUACCUUUCAGAUUUUUUGUAUAUGAGCCCAGGGCACUUUUUAUACCAAAUACCUACAACAGGUUUUUAGUUGUGCCUAGUGGGGAUCAUCUGACAUCUUUGGUCGAUGAAAUAUCAUACAUAUCGCCACCGGCACCCCCUCUUUCACAAAUUGACGACAUUCCACCCGAAUACUUCUGCAACGGGGACAACCGACCGCCAAAUUGUGGACCAAACUGUGAAUGUACACACAUGGUUGAUAUACCACUUGGAGCUAUUGUUGAAGUUGUGUUGGUUGAUGAAGUGCAGCAAGUGAAUCUUAGUCAUCCAUUUCAUUUGCAUGGCACAGCGUUUUAUGUGGUCGGACUAGGUCGAUCGCCAAAUAAGUCAAUAAAAAAAAUUAACCUAAAGCAUGCUUUGGAACUUGAUCAAAUGGGAAUGCUUGAGCGUCAUUUUUCUAAGCCCCCACUUAAGGAUACCAUAGCCGUUCCUAACAAUGGAUAUGUUGUAAUACGUUUUCGCGCAGAUAACCCUGGUUAUUGGCUUUUUCAUUGUCACUUCCUUUUUCAUAUCGUCAUAGGCAUGAACCUUAUCUUUCAUAUCGGUACUACAGCCGACCUGCCCCCAGUUCCACCACGAUUUCCCACAUGUGGCGACCAUGUGCCGCCGGUUACAUGGUACUAGUCCAGUGGUAUAUAUAUUCAAUUAACAUAUAAUUAAGAUAUAUUUAAUAACUAAUUUAUUGCUAAGUUAACCAUUUUUUGAAUAUAACCAAAUUGUAACAUUAUCACAAUGCUGUUGAAAGGUAAAAAUUUACUGUUUUAGGUUAUUAACAUUA